UAAUGUUCAUUAUGCUCACAAAAAACGGCUCCGAUAAUUGGCUUAAUUAAUUAACUACUUUGUAUUAAAAACCUCUAGGUGUGUAUAUAUAGUUAUAUACUUCCUGUGGUCCUCACACACUCUUGUUUUAUAUCCAUCUCCUCACCUUUUCCAUUCUCUUCCUUCUUUCUAUAUACUGUAUCCACUCUUUCUUUUUUAUAUAUGGAAACAACAAAAUCUGGAAGGGUAGUCAGAAGCAUGAACGAUAUGUUGAAAAAUGAGAUGAUUGAAUAUGGGGAAGAAGAAGAAGAAGAAGGAGGAGAAGAAGAAGAUGAUGAUGAGAACUUCGGAGAGGGUAGUAGGAAGAAGAAGGUAAUGAGAAGGAGGGGUUCUGGUAGCGGAGGAGGUUCCGUACAACCUUGUUGUCAGGUGGAAGGUUGCACUGCUGAUAUGAGUAACUGCAAGACAUACCACCGGCGGCAUAAAGUCUGUGAGCUUCAUUCCAAGGCUCCAGUUGUUAUAACUGGUGGAUAUCAACAGCGGUUUUGUCAGCAAUGCAGCAGGUUCCAUGACCUAAUAGAAUUUGAUAAUGCCAAGAGAAGUUGUCGUAGGCGUUUAGCUGGGCAUAAUGAGCGCCGACGUAAAAGCUCCUUUGAAACUUAUGGAGACGGUUCCUGAUCAUUUAAGGAAAAGCGGAUUGUUAGUCCCUCAUCAACUCCUAAUAAAAUAAGACUUAUAUAACUAUAUUGAUGGCUAUGAUGCUCUCUCUCUUCUGUCAUUCUGUAAACUUUAUUAUCAAGAAGUGUUGUAGUAUAAGUAAAUAUAUAUGAGGAAUUCAUAAGGUAAUUAGUAAAUGAAUUGUGAUGUUGUACUAGCAAAUCAUACGCUAUUUAUGAUAACUUUCUAAUGAAAGUAAAUAUAUGAUUCUAUA